GCAAACAGAAGACGGACCCUCUUUUCCGCGCGCGUCUUCCCUUCCCUCCUCUCCUCCCUCAUGAAUAUUCACGUAUCUCCUCCCUGUGACGUUGCAGCAGUCCCGCGGUGAAAGCUGGAGAGCUGCUCCGGUCCUGGCAGUAAAGCCCGUGAAUGACUGAGCAGCAGCAGCAAGCAUAAUAAUAGCAGCAGCAGACGCCGCGCCGCGGCUGCUUUUGCUCCUUCUUCCUCGGCCUGGUCUCCCUCUGCUGUUGCCACGAGCCAGAGAGAAAAGCGGUCUGGGGAGCGCAGCCCUCAGCAGGGAGACGCCUGUGGUGGGAAAACAUAAUAAUAAAGCACGUCGUCCUGCUGUCCGGGCGCGGAGAGGAUGAGGCAGCGUCGGGAGUGGGCGCUGCUCCUGCUGGGGGUCGGCAGUCUCCUCGCUGCCAAAGUGAACAAACACAAGCCAUGGAUUGAAACAUCUUAUCAUGGAGUUAUUACUGAAAACAAUGACACUGUCAUUUUGGAUCCCCCACUUGUAGCUUUGGAUAAAGAUGCUCCUGUUCCCUAUGCAGGUGAAAUCUGUGCAUUUAAAAUCCAUGGACAGGAAAUGCCCUUUGAAGCUGUAGUGUUAAACAAGACAUCUGGAGAAGGUCGUCUUCGAGCAAGAAGUCCAAUUGACUGUGAACUGCAAAAGGAGUACACAUUCAUCAUCCAGGCGUAUGACUGUGGUGGAGGUCCUAGUGGAACAAACUGGAAGAAAUCUCACAAGGCUGUAGUCCAUAUACAGGUAAAGGAUGUUAAUGAAUUUUCACCCACCUUUAAGGAAACAUCCUACAAGGCUACUGUGACAGAGGGGAACAUCUAUGACAAUGUUUUACAAGUGGAAGCCAUGGAUGAGGAUUGUUCUCCUCAAUACAGCCAAAUAUGCAAUUAUGAAAUUGUCACAACUGAUGUUCCAUUUGCUAUUGACAGAAAUGGGAAUAUCAGAAAUACUGAGAAGCUGAGUUAUGACAAACAGCGCCAGUAUGAGAUAAUGGUAACUGCUUUUGACUGUGGGCAAAAACGUGCAAUGGAAGAUGUCUUGGUACGAGUUGAGGUCAAGCCUGUAUGUAAACCUGGAUGGCAAGACUGGAAUAAGCGAAUCGAGUAUAGACCUGGUUCUGGGAGUAUACCUCUAUUUCCCAGCAUUCACCUGGAGACCUGUGACGGACCAGUUUCUUCUAUCCAGACCAUUAUUGAACUUCAGACCAACUACAUUGGAAAGGGCUGUGAUCGUGAGACAUAUUCUGAAAAAUCCUUGCAAAAAUUAUGUGGAGCAUCAUCCGGUGCCAUCGACUUGUUACCCACUCCCAGUGCAGCAACUAACUGGACAGCUGGUCUUCAGAUAGACAGCAAUGACAUGAUUUUUAAAUUUGAUGGGAAGCAAGGAGCCAAAAUUCCUGAUGGCAUAGUACCAAAGAAUCUAACUGAUCAAUUCACCAUCACCAUGUGGAUGAAGCAUGGCCCAAGUCCAGGAUUAAGAGCUGAGAAAGAAACUAUUCUCUGCAAUUCAGAUAAGACAGAAAUGAAUCGACACCACUACGCACUUUAUGUGCACAAUUGUCGACUUGUGUUUCUGCUGCGCAAAGAUUUUGACCAAGCCGAUACCUUUCGUCCUGCAGAAUUUCAUUGGAAGCUUGACCAGAUUUGCGAUAAAGAAUGGCACUACUAUGUCGUCAACGUUGAAUUUCCAGUAGUUACCUUGUAUAUGGAUGGCACAACCUAUGAACCUUACCUUGUAACUAAUGACUGGCCUAUUCAUCCAUCACACAUAGCAAUGCAACUAAGUGUUGGUGCUUGCUGGCAAGGAGGUGAAGUCACUAAACCCAGAUUUGCUCAGUAUUUCCAUGGCAGCCUUGCCAGUCUCACUAUCCGACCGGGCAAAAUUGAGAGUCAGAAAGUUAUUUCCUGUUUGCAGGCCUGCAAAGAAGGUCUGGAUAUUAACUCCCUGGAGAGUCUUGGGCAAGGAAUAAAGUAUCACUUCAAUCCUUCCCAGUCAGUACUUGUUAUACAGGGAGAUGACAUUGAGAAUAUAAAUCAAGCUCUCCAAAAGGUCUCUUAUAUCAACUCAAGACAGUUUCCUACCUCAGGCAUUCGCCGACUUAAAGUCUCAUCCAAAGUCCAAUGUUUUGGUGAAGAUAUCUGCAUUAGUAUCCCAGAUAUAGAUGCCUAUGUAAUGGUGUUUCAGGCCAAGGAGCCCAAGAUUACAAUAAGUGGAAUGGAUCAUUUUGCAAGACCAGCUGCACAAUUUGAAAAUGAAAGAGGUGUGACACUCUUACCAGAUAUCAGAAUUGUCAGCACAGUCACCAAAAUGGAACAUACUCCUGACUUUAAAGAAACUAUGGAUAGAGCACAUCAGCCAGUUUUGUUAGAAGAAAUGCACCACAACUUGGAUUUUUGUGACAUUUUGGUAAUUGGGCCAGAACUGGACCCCAGGCAAGAGUGUUUGGAAUUAGAUCGGAAAGAACUUCAAGGAAAACAUUUGGAUGCUACAAACUCCACAGCAGGAUAUUCUAUAUAUGGUGUGGACACAAUGAAAAACUAUGAGCAGGUUUUGCAACAGGUUCGCUAUCGUAAUUGGUACACAUCUUCCAUCUUUGAUAGAAAGUUUAGAAUCAAGUGUUCAGAGCUGAAUGGGCGUUACACCAGCAAUGAAUUCAAUUUAGAGGUUAAUGUUCUACACAACUCCAACUCUAAUAUCAUGGAAUAUGUAAAUCAUAUGGUACUACAGCCUCAAUUUCUCCAGUCUAUCCAUCACCCAGAGGAGAGCAUAAACAAUAUUCAUGGCUCAGUACUUCCAAGUGUGGCUACUAUUGUCAUUAUAAUCUGUGUCAGUAUCCUAGUCUUCAUCGUAGCUUUGGGGGUAUACAGAAUUCACUCAGCUUUCCAACACAGCUCAAAAGAAAAUGAAACCAGCAAAGAAAAUGAAAUGGAUUGGGAUGAUUCAGCUCUGACGAUCACUGUCAACCCUAUGGAAAAAUAUGAAGAGCCUCGCCGUGUAGAAGAAAGUGAUGAGGAAGAUGAAGUUGAAGAUGAAGAUGAAGAUACAACCAGUGCUGAGUCAGAUGAAAGUGAUGAGGAAGAAGAGGAAGAAGAGGAAGAAGCCAUUGUGAAUAAGGGAGAGAAACAGAAUGCAUCCAGACAAGACCAGCUGGAGUGGGAUGAUUCAACACUACCCUAUUAGAAACCCUUAGUCCUAUUGCUCCUUUUGUACACCAAUACUAUGUAUUUCUGAGUCAACCCUACUGAUUCAACCCCAUCUUGGAUCUAUAAAUUAACUGACAGGAAUUAAGUCCCUAUUGACUACAGAUGAUAGAAUUGCAUUGCCUGAAUUUGAUGUAGUUGUAUCAAAUUGCUCCAGAUUGUUCUUUCCUAGUGUAUGGAUAAUGGCACCUGGUAGAGCACAGAGUACAAUCAUUAAUGUGUCACACAUAUUAAUACCAACCUGAUGCCAUCUAUUCCUUAUCACUUCUACACUUCCAUGAAACCCCUGUAAUCUUUAAAUAUGAAUAUGCAAAAGUCCUGUUCAUCAGUCCAUCGAGGAAACAGUUUAGUUUACUUUUAAAUUCAUUUCUGAGAGUCCAGGUACAUAUAAACACCUUGUGGGUUUCAUUUGACUGUGUUUGGUUAAAAAUCCUGUCUUCAGACGAAGAUUUAGGUGCUAUUUGUUCCCAAGGUGAACAGUUGUUUGCUCUCUUGGUCUUGUCUCCCCCUUUUUCCUUUACUUUUUUGCUUUGUGGUAAACCUGCAGAGGGAUUAGUCAAAUUUUAAAGUGUGUGUGUGUGUGUGUGUGUGUAGGAAUGGAUAAUCCAUUUCACAGCUAAUGUUGGUAAAACCUUGCAGGCAAAAAUCUUUAUCCUGUCCACCUACUGAAACUUGAUUUACGCCAUGUAAAAUCCCAUAAUUUGAUAACUUUGCUUGAAAUGAUUUUCUAGUGCCCUCUGCCACACAGAUGAAGCAAUGUUAUUUUGUGUGAACAAUAGGUUCAGCUGGAAUGUGACUUGGCUAUGACAUGUGCUCCUGAGCCACACAGAAAAUCUUUUCUGGAUAAACUGCACUGUGAAUUUUUAUGUUCUUGCAGUAUGUUGUGGUGAUGCUGAAUCAUCACUGGGCUUGAUUGGAAAGAAUUAUUUAUCAUAUUUUAUUUAUUUAUCAUAUUUUUAUACCGCCCAAAAUUUACAUCUCUGGGCGGUUUACAACAAGAUUAAAAGGAAAACAUUAAUUAAAAACAAAAAGAAAAUAAAAUUAAAAGCAAGAAAUUUAAAACACAAUUUAAAAUUUUAAAACAAUAUUCUAAAAACAUUAAAACAAUCAAAACAAUAUCAGUUAAAAGUCUGGGUGAAGAAAUGCAUCCUUAGAGACUUUUUAAAAGAUGUCAGGCAUGGGGAAGCUCUUAUUUCACUAGGGAGUGCAUUCCAAAGCCUCGGGGCAGCAAUGGAGAAGGUCCGUCCAUGAGUAGCCACCAGACGAGCUGGUGGCAAAUGCAGAUGGACCUCUCCUGAUGAUCUCAAUGGGCGGUGGGGUUUAUAACGAAGAAGACAUUCUCUUAAAAACCCAGGGCCCAACUGUUUAGGGCUUUAUAGAUUAUGACCAACACCUUGUAUUUUGCCUGGAAACAUAUUGGCAGCCAGUGUAACUCCUUCACUACGGGAGUAAUAUGGUCUCACCUGGAUGACCCAGAGACCAGCCUGCUGCCGCAUUCUGGACCAAUUGUAGUUUCCGGACUACGUACAAGGGCAGCCCCAGAUAGAGCGCAUUGCAGUAAUCCAUUCUGGAGGUUACCAGCAGAUGUACCAUUGUUUUGAGGUCAUCUAACUGAAGAAACAGAUGUAGCUUGUGUAUCAGCCGAAGCUGAUAGAAGGCACUUCUGGUUGCUGUCUCAACCUGGGACACCAAGGAGAGACUUGGAUCCAGAAGCACCCCCAGACUGCGUACCUGUUCCUUCUGGGGAAGUGUGACCCCAUCCAGAACAGGCAGAUCAAAAUUGUCUCUCAAGUUCCAGUCCCGCACAAUGAGUACCUCCGUCUUAUCUGGAUUCAGUUUCAGUUUUUUAUCCCUCAUCCAGCCCGACUCCAGGCAGGCAUUUAGAGAGGUUAUGCCCUCUCCCGAUGAUGCUGACACGGAGAAAUAGAUUUGGGUGUCAUCAGCAUACUGAUAGCACCCUGCACCAAAUCUCCUGAUGAUCUCUCACAGCGGUUUCAUGUAGAUGUUAAACAACAUCGGAGACAAUACGUAGCCCUGAGGGACACCAUACAAAAGUUCAGAUUUACAAAUAUUGUGCAUAUGGAUCUACACGAAAUAUGUAAACCUGAAAAAUUACCUUUUUGCAUGUAUUUUUAAAAUUAUUAAUUAUUUAAUUUAAUUAUUGCAGUUGGAACUAUGAUAUUCUAUUCAGUGACAGCAUAUACUUUUAGGAGUCAAGCAAGCAAAGUUAUAUGUGGGACAGACACAACAAUUUCACUAGAUCUCAACUGAACCCCAAAUCAACCUUACUUAAAUUCUUUAAUUCAACAAAAUUAUUUACAUUUAAAUCCUUUACUUCAAGAAAAAGCAUAGUUUGGAAAACACAAAAACACAAGAUAAUUAAACACAGAACUCAAAGCAAGAACAAUUUGUAAAGUUUGAAAAACAAAUGUUAACAUAGGAUAGUUUGGGACCACCACCUCCACCUCCACCAACUAUAUUUAAAUGUGCAAAAGCCAUUUAAAAGUCUGUGUGGUUUGUCAUAUUAUAUUUCUACGCUUCAUAUUCUUUGUGUUUCUACAGUUACAUGAAUGCCAAAUAGUGCAAUACUUGAUGCUGUACGUAUAUAGAAGGCAGGGAGUGGAUAUCUCUCCUCAGAUUUGAGGAGUGCCAUUUCCUUACCCUUUAUCAAAAAAUCUAUACAAAUCUUUAAAACACAGGUUAAGGAUUUGAGGGUUUGGACUGAGAAGGCAUCUGCUAUUUUCUUUUCUCCAGGAAUAAGUCCCUGGUAAAGAGCAUAAAUGCUCAUACACAGGAAGGAAAAAUAACUAGACACUAUUCUGAUUCCUAGUAGCCAAAGAUUGAAGCCAUGAAUGGACUGAGGUUUGUAGACAGGUCUGCCAUAUUUGAUGCUAAAGAGGAUUGAUCUUAGCAUCUGCCAUCUUAAGGCAACUGUGCUGCCCAAUGUUUUGAAUAUGAUGAGUUUGUAUAACUUAUUCUAUUCUACAGAUGCUUUCUGAGCCCCAGGAGCUCACAGAUUUUCCAUGCCAAUGUCAGAGACCUAUGACAGAUUGCAGCGGUAGAGAAAUGGGUGUGUGCAUGUGCCUGUGGCUGGUAACCAAUGAACUUGUAUGUCUCCUGGUAACCUGUGAACAUGGCCUAAGUUAAAUGAUUUCUAUAUUAGAAUAUAUCCAUUUCCCCCUCUCAAAGUAAGCCAUUAAAAGGUAGUAUUUUAAAUGUGGUUGUAUUUUAAAUUUGGGUUUUAUUUUAUUUUAUUAACCUUAGCUAAAUAUUUUGUUGUGACAAUAUAUUAACACCUCUCAGAUAUAAAGUAGAUUUAGAGUUAAGCACUAAGCAUAUUCCUCUUUUCACUAUAUUUUAGCAGUUGUUUGGAAAAAACAGCUUCCUUGUGAUCUCCAACCUAGCAACAGAAUUAGCACGUUGCAUUUUGGAAAUUGCAGCACAAGUUAUUAAAUGUCUUUAUUCAUUUUGCAUAGGGCCAGUUGGCAAAGGAUGGUGCAGGCAGUGACAAAGCUGCAUGUCUGAACCCUGAGAUGCAGAACUGCUGAAGCAGAAUACCUUAGUCCCUCCAAAUCAGAGCCAUCUGGAGAGUGCAACUGACUGGUCAGAAAGCCAAUAUCAUCUUCAUUAUUCUUAAUGAAGAUGAUGCUACAUAUUUCUUUACAUUCAGAAACGGAUAUGUUUUAUGGAAGGUGGCAUAUAAAUAGAACAAUAAAUAAAAUACUGAGAUACCAGAAGGCUGGAAGCUGUUGGCUUACAAUGUUAAAGCAUUGGCAUUUGGGAUAGGGGUGUGCACGAACUGAAAUUAGUGGUUUAAUUAGAAUUUGGACUAAAUUCAAACCGAACUGCUGGUCCAACCAACCGUUCUGGUCCAUUCCACUCCACCAAACCAGUUCAGCAGUUUGUGGGGCUAUGCUUGUAAAGGGGAAUCUGGUGAGGAUGGGGGAAUCCUUGAAAAGCAAAAGGAUGGGGGAAUCCUUGAAAAGCCAUUUUAAAGGGUGACUGGGGGAGGCAGUGAGAGAUCACUUUAAAAGUAGAUUACAGUUCUUACUGGCCGGGCACCACUCCUCAAAGCCCCACUGGCACAGCCCAAGUGUGCAGCGCUCCCUCCAGCAACCCACACACACGGUGGGGGUACAGUUUCAGCCUCCGUGGAUGUAUCUUAGAGUGGCUUCAGACAUUCACCUACCAUGCUGCAGUUGCUACUUUUCCUGUGCUGGUGUGUGUGUCUGUGAGAUGUGAUCAUGCAUACAAGACAUAGUGGCUGACACACUAAACAAGAGUAUGCCAGUCUGGUAGUGUUGUGUUUGUACAAAUUGAGUAAGUUGUGGGAAUGCAAAAUUUGCACAAAUUGUGUUACACAGGAGUAAGCAUUAUUUCUAACGGGCUUCUUUUUGCAUAACACAGUUUGUGCAAAUGUUGUGCUUGCACAACUUACACAAAAUGCACAGAUGCAACAUUACUAGGCUGAUGUACUCUUGCUCAGUAUGCCAACUAAUUUUGUUUUGGGUGGAAUCUUUGGAUGCAUUAGCAGAAACAUUCCUUUAGGGUAUGCACUUGAAUGCAUAGUGAGGGACAUCAGCGUGAUAAGUGCAUGUCUCAAUAUUCAGACAAAAGGAUUGAUUUUGUGAAUGCAUGUAUCUAUCAAUCAUAGAUCUGGGUGUCAUAUAAAAGCAAGGAAGCCCUCUAGGUGUAAUCAUGUUGAGGUAGAAUAGCAGGGUAGAAUGUCAACUUUAAGUAUGUGUUAUCAGGUAUAAUUAAUGUAGGAUUUAGGAACAAAAGAAAGACCAGAGAUCUGGUUAUAGAAGUAGUAAGGCAUAGAGUAGGACAAAUGCUAGCAAGUUGUUUGGGUACUCAGGACAAAGUUGUGUGGAAAAUGUUUGUAUAGGGCACAGUCAAUGCUUGGUAUUAUGGACUUCCAUGAGUGGCACUAUUUGCUGGGCUUAGGUUCCAUGUUGAGAUGUGUUAGCUAAUUGAGACUUGUGGCUUCAUGUCUUAACCAGGUCCUGGGAGCCCUAGGUUCAAGACCUACAGUCACAAGUUUCCAAGUGGCCCCAGUUCUGUAGGGAAAUGUUGAGAAUCAGAAUUCUAAUAAUUAACAGAGCUUAAGAUCCCGUACUUUUCUGCAUUAUUCCUAAGAAAACUUGUUGAAAGUGUCGACUCAGUGUGUGGCAGCUGUGAAAAAGUUCAGUUCCAUGCUUAGAAUCAUUAGGAAGGGAUUUGAAAAUAAAACUGCUAUGCUAAUAUUAUAAUACCCUUAUACAAAACUAUGGUGCUGCCACAUUUGGAGUAUUGCAUGCCGUUCUGGUCACCAUAUCUUAAGAAGGACAUUGUAGAACUGGAAAAGGUGCAGAAGAAGGUAACCAAGAUGAUAAGGGACCUAGAGAAUCUUCCUUAUGAGGCAAGCCUUCAGGACCUGGAGCUUUUUAGUUCAGAAAACAGAUGACUGAAGGGAGACAUGAUAGAGGUCGAUAAAAUCAUGCAUGGUGUGGAGAAAGUGGAUAGAGAGAAAUUUCCCUCCCUAUUGCAUAACACUAGAACCAGGGGCCAUCCCAUGAAAUUGAUUGCCAAGAAAUUUAGGACCAACAAAAGGAAGUACUAUUUCACACAACCAAUAAUCAACCUAUGAAAUUCUCUGCCACAAGAUGUGAUGAUUUCCCAACCUGGAUGGCUAUAAGAGAGGUUUAGAUAAUUCAUUGAGGGUAGGUCUAUCAAUGGCUAAUAUAAUAAUUUGAGGGCUAUAGGCCAGCUCCAGCCUAAGAGGUGAUGGCUCUAAAUACCAGUUGCAGGGGAAUAGCAGUAGGAGAGUGGGCAUGCCCUCAGCUCUUGUCUGUGGACUUCCCAGAGGUAUCUUGUGGGCCACUGUGUGAAGCAGGAUGCAGGACUAGAUGGGCCUUUGGCCUGAUCCAGCAUGUCUUUUCUUAUGUUCUUAAGACCUGUGCUGUAAGAUGUGCUUCAGUGUAGCUUCUCAAUGAUUAGAGGAUGUCUGAGAAGAGAAAGGAAUGCCUAAUAAACCUACUACUGUAUUUUAGCACAGAUACAAAAUGUGAUAUUUCACCAACUAAUAUCACAUAUUCCAUCUUAAUGUAUUCAAGUGCCAAGUAAAUUUCAUUUAUCUUUCAUACCACUCUGCCACAAGUAAUUCUAACAAUGAUUGAGAUGACUGUGCUUGUUAUCAGGAAGUAUGGCACAAGCUGAUUACAAGAAUGAUCCCUGUAGAAAUUCAUAAAAUAAAAUUCUUUGGCUUAAAAAGAGUGCUUUCGUUUGAUCUGAUUAAACAGGUGAUGGUGUUUGUAGAGCAGACACUGUAUUUCAGAACAUGUAGCAUUUUCUCCAUUACUCAGUACAAUAAUACAGCCUUUGUAAUCUGCAGGCUCCUGGAAAAUUUCUUCAUUCUGCAAUAUGUAGUUGCUGAUUAGAUUAAUUAUAUAUGUGUAUGACUUGUUGUCUCUUUAUUGAAAAUGACAAUAUAAUGCUCAUGGCACAAUUUAAUUUUCAUGUAGCCACUUUUCAGCAGUGUAGCUUGAGGGAAAGGAGCCAAGUGCUCUAAAUCUUCAUGUCUGCUACAUGAUUAACACCCCAAUUUUUGUGAUUAAUGUUUGCUCUACCUUUUGUGAGCUGCUCCCCCUCCCUCCAGUGUUCUCUGUGCUAUUUUUCUCAAAUUCUUCUGUAGCAGCAACAGAUGGCAAAUAUUCCUUGGACAAGGAUAAAGGUGUUGUAGCCAUUUGAUGUGUGUCACAUGAAACAUAACUAGGUUUCCCCCCACUCCCUUUGUCAGUAGCACAGUAGACAAAAAGCCUGCUUGUUUUAUGAGCCUUUGAAAUUUGACAGAAUACUGCAGUGACCAACCCCUUAAAUCUACCAUUGUGGCAAAUGUGAUAUUUUAAUGUGAGAGCAUUUCACCAAGGCAAGCAUUUUCAUAUUCAUUUUAAAAUAAAUCUCAGACCUUGUAAGACUUCCUCUGUUGGCAUACUAUAGCCAGCCUUUGAUAAUUAUGCUGCUUAGUUUCUUAUAGACAUUCAGUCUCUCGGGUUUGCUUUGUCUUUGCAUGAUUUUAGGAUGAUUUUGUGAUAGGAAAGGAAUAAUUGAUAUUGAAUGUCUACUUAUUUAAUAGGCAUUUUUCUGCAGUAGUCUAUAUGAUCCUGUGUCACUGACUGCUUAUUUGCAAAUGCUGAAGAACCUGUGCAGACUUCUGUUGUGGGUGGUUAGUAGAUAUGAGGAGUGAAGAAUUUGCUGGUGCUCUGAAGUCUGGUCCAUAUAUUAGUGGAAUUGUGUGGCUGCCCCUCCCCAUGUCUGAUAAUAUUAGAAUAAAGUAUUUGCCACUUUUAAUUCCUUCCUUCCUUCCUUCCUUCCUUCCUCCAAGGAAAGUGGAUACAUGACCUUUCCCCUUUUUCCUCAUAAUCCUAUCAGGUAAAUUACUCUAAGAGAUACUAAGAGGCCCAAGGUCACCCAGUAAACUUCAUAGCUUAGCCUGAGAUUUGAACCCGGGUCUCCCCCAUUCAUAACCAAUUAGCCCACACUGGCUUGCAUAUGAAAUGAAGAGACACGUAAGAAGUUCCCACAACUUUGAGUCACUCAGGGUUAGGGCUAGGCACACAGAUGUAGAUGUGACUUCCAACAUGACUUCCAAUCCAUCUUGUGUGAUUUAAAGGUUUGCAAAGCAUUGUGGGAGCAACCAUAGGGAAGCUGAAACACACCAGCCAUGUAAUGUAUGAAGCUAACCAAACUGACCAAGGAAGGAAACUUAUUUGUUGAGUAGGUAGAUAAGAUGAGCACUAAAAUGGUAGAGGCACUCUGAAUAUAUAGUAAAUAGCAAAGUGAAGGACAUUGUAUGUGAGGGAGAAAAUGAGCCCAUUCUCACGACUGAGUGAGAAGGCUCGAGGACAGGUGGUGGGGACGGCAGCAGAAGCUUGCUUUCCCCACAGACAAGUAAUGGGGAGUUACUGGGUGCGUGGACCAUGUGCCACGGGCAGCGCAGAGGUGUGGGGAUUGGGACAUGUUGGCAGCCAUCGCUGACAGACAAUCAGCUCAACGGAGUUAAGGGAGCACUCACUCCCUUGACCUCGUUUAAGAGGUGUGCUGCUCCCUACGUGGGUUUUCUGCCGAUGCGCCACUGGGAGCCAGUCAGUUCUUGGUGGUUCCCACAGGCAGCCAACUCCAAGCUUAGCUGCCCUAGCUAAGCCUUGACUGCUCAGGAGAACAGCCUCAGUGUUUGAUGUAAGAUGGAUAUGGCAGCUAAAUUUUUCAUAAUGCCCGAGUCAUGCACUUAUGGUUCUUUGAGUAGGAGGACCACACUGUUUUAUUCACCUGGAAAGGCACAGGAUCACUAAACAAGAAACCAUGCAACCUAAUAUGUUUUAUAUAAGCUGUAUAAGCAAUUCUUCAUGUGAAAUAAGAUUUUAAUUAAGAGUAAAAAUGCCAAUAAAAGAAGCUGAAGGAAAACAAAGGCAAACACAAGUUACAAAUAUGUGCAUGUAUGUGUUUCCAUCAUUCAUAUUUAUGAGAUUUAUAACUUUAGCAUCUUACCCCUAAAAUCCAAGUUCAGGAAAGUUUAGAAAUAUUAGCCCACUGAAGUCAAAAUACAGAGAUUUUCUUGUGCAGUUUCAAAUUUCAAUAGCACUCCCCUUAUAGCAUCAAAGAGACCGUACAUCCAAUCUUACAGGUCUGACAUUUUGGGGGCAUGCUUAAUUAUUUUUUAUUGUAAGUCAUCAUGAGAUUUUAUCAUUUGGCAGUAUAAACAUGCAAUAUCUAUCUAAUCAAUCUAAUUGAUCUUGUAUUAUACUGGCAUGAUUGUGCCAGUAGAGUUAAGCUGGAGAGUAUUUUCAGUGUUCCACAAUUAUAAGACCUGAACAUUCUAUUGCUUAAAAAAAUGAAACCAUUUGUCCAAUCUGCCUGGCCAUCCGCACACAUUCACUAGGUGUGAAGAGACACUUCCUUUGCAAAUUUGGUGAAGAUCCAUUGAAAAAUGGUUCAGAUAGAGCAGUCAAAAAAAAUUUCUCUUUUGAACAGAGGUUUAAGGGCUUGGCAACAUUCUUUCCAAUAGAGGAAGUGCUAUUUGAAUGAUUUUGUAGUCCAUUUGCAUAGUUUCAGCCUUUAGUCUGCAUACCAGAAAAGUGCCUUUUGUAUAUCCACCUGGAACCCAAUUUAUUGUUAUUUUACAAUUGAUCCUCAAAGUUGGGUUUUAAGAGGCAUAAAAAUGCAUGACAGAGUCAGUGCAGUAGCAAGUUUGAAGUUACAGUGCCCAUAGCGCUGCCCACAAAAAACAUGGCAGCUGACUCACUACUCUGCCCCUCCAGCUGUCUGAACCUGCUGCCCACUUCUGCCACUCUUGCCUGCUGCUUGUUCGGGUGCACACCUCACCCCGGCCCCUGACCCAGAAAUUCAGUUUUCCUCCACCCCCACAGUUCAUAUGGCCUCCACACAUGUGCAGAGUCCGCACAUGCACAGGGGCCAUCUGAUCCCUUGGGGUGGGGCAGCUGGCAGGGAAUGCUCCUGCCCACUGCUCCAUUCCGGCAUGCACCCCCUCAUCUGUUCAGGUGCGUGCCUCACCCCGGCAAGCCGCCAUUCUCUGCCGGCUGCCCUGGCCUCCACCCCCAGGGCUCAGAUGGCCUCCGUGCAUGUGUGGACUCCACACAUGUGUGGAGGACAUCUGAGCCCAGGGGGGUGGGUGCAGUCAGCAGGGACCGCUGGCUUGCUGGGGCCUGGGCUGAGGAAGAGCAGGUCAGAACAGGUGAGGGUGUGUUUCUCUCUCUGUGGGUCUGCGUGCGUGCCUCUGUGUGUACGCCUGUGUCUCUGUGAGUGAAUGGCGUCACUCACUUAUGUACAACUUUUCAAUUAUUUUGCUGAUAACACCAUCCUGAAGGAAAUUAAAUCAAGCAGGAUAACUGUGAGGUUUAUGGGAAAUUUCUGGAAAGAUAAUCUGUAGCUUUGGACACAGUUGUUAAAGCAUUUGUUAUUUUUAAGUGUGUGUGUGUUUUAAAGAAAAAGGGAAAAAAUUAAGUACAGAUUUAAAGAGAACACAAAUUACCUGCUUCUUGUUGUGUCCUUAAUCACUACUGAAUAAUCAUGAGGUGGGGCCACACUGUCACUGUUAAUGAAUCCAUUAAUUUCAUUUACUUGUGUUUUUUUCAGGUGGGGGGAGAGUGUGACUUUAUCUUAGUUGAAGGCUUUACAAAGUUUUUGGUGUUCAACAUAAAGAACUUUUACCUUGUGAUUUGGGUUAGCUCUUCCCCAUCUAAUCAUAUUUUCCUUUUUUAAACACAUGGAAAUUUAGUAAUCCAAAAACCUUUGGUUUAAAAUGAGUUAAGCUGCUUUACAUUUUCACUUGCACCCUAAAAAGAAUGGAAAUUGCAAGC